GAAAUGAGUUUAUCAUAAACCUGAAAAUUUUACCCUACACCCUAGUGUAGGGUGUGUUCCCUACACCCCCCCUAUGCUACGUCGUUUUGUAGCUGGUAUUGAGUUCUCAUGUGCAGCUUCUUUCCUUUUGCGAUUCUUUCCUUUUUUUUUUUUUUUUUUUCCUUUUUUUCUUUUUUUCUUUUCUUCCUCUUUUUUCCUUUUUCCUUUGAUUCUUAUUAUUCAAUUUAUGUAUAUAUAUGAUUUUAAACCCUAUUUUUUCUCUCUCUUCAAUUGAUCAACCAACCUCCAUUUUUGAUCUACAUUUUUCUCUCGCUAAUUCAUCUUCUUCAUUUGAUUUUUUGAACGAAUUCGUUAAUUGUUACCGAUCAUCAAUGGCGAAUUCUGCAUCUGGAGAUUGCGUUGAUUUUGAUCGCGAUUGCGAGCGUGUGUUUCCUUCUGGACUUCGUUUCGUUGAUUCGUUUGUGCAACAAUUGGAAAAAAAUGAUGAUAUUAUGUAUUUAGAAGCAGAACAGUCUGAAUUAAAGGAUAAAGAAUUUAAAUCUGAAGAUGAAGCUUUCGAAGCGUAUAAUGAAUAUGCUUUUAGGAAAGGUUUUGGAAUUCGAAUUGGGAAGAGUAAGAGAAGAAGAGAUGAUUCUUUUUUGAUGAAAAGAUUUGUUUGUUGUAAUGAGGGAUUCAAAGAUAAUAAGUGUAAGAAUAAAAGGAUUUAUGAGAAGUUGGAUCAUCGAACUGGUUGUUUAGCUUUUGUGCAGUUUCAUAUUGAUCAUUUAGGGGUCUAUACAUGUACAAGACAUGAAAUGGUUCAUAAUCAUGCUAUGAUUCCUCCUGAAAAAAGGCAUUUGAUAAGGUCUCAAAGAGAUGUGAAUAAAGAGCAGCUUCUUUUCAUUUCAACAAUGAAAUUGAGUGGAGUCAAAGUUACUGAUUCUUUGAGGGUUCUAAAGAAGGAGGUUGGGGGAUCUCCUAAUCUUUGUUUUACUGCUUCUGAUGCUUAUAAUGCAUUGUCAUCUGAAAAAGCUGCCCAAAUUGAAGGAUGUGAUGGUAACCAAUUGAUUAAAUAUUUUGCCAAGAGACAUGUGGAUGAGACAGAUUUUUAUUAUGAUUUUGAACAAGAUGAUAGUGGUGCUUUAGUUAGUUUUUUUUGGCGUGAUGGUAGGAUGAUGAGAGAUUAUCAUUACUUUGGAGAUUUGUUGGUUUUUGAUACAACUUAUAGAACUAAUAAAUAUGGAAUGAUAUGUGCUCCAUUUGUUGGGAUGAACCAUCAUGGUAACAAUGUCAUGUUUGGUAUGGGUUUUAUUCUUAAUGAGCGCACCGAGUCUUUUGAUUGGUUGUUUGAUACAUUUUUGCACUCAAUGGGGAGGAAAAGUCCCAUUACAAUUAUGACUGAUCAAGCACAAGCGAUUGCAGCGGGUAUAAGAAACAUUUUUCCUUCAACUGUUCAUCAUCGUUUAUGUGUAUGGCAUCUUGAACAAAAUUCUAAGAAACACAUUGGAGCAUUGAGAGCUUUGGAAGGCUUUACAGAUUUGUUUGGAUAUCUUUUGAAGUAUUGUGAAACUCCUGCUGAAUUUGAAUAUUUCUGGAAAAGGAUGUGUGAUAAAUACAAAUGUGAAAAUGAUGAUUGGUUAUGUGAUUUGUAUAAAAUAAAGGAAAUGUGGUGUCCUGCUUAUUCUAAGAAGUAUUGGUCUGGUGGUAUAUUGUCUUCUCAACGUAGUGAAACUACUAAUAAGUCAGUUUCACAACGUCUUAAUAAGACUCAAGGUUUAUGUGAUUUUUAUCAUGUUUUUCUUGAUGUCAUUUCUGAGUGGAGAAGUAAGGAAGGUGCAAGAGAUUACAAUACUCUGAGGGGUAAUAGGCACCUAGCUUUUGCUAAUAUUGGUAUAUUAGUUCAUGCAAGAUCAUUGUACACUAUUCAAGCUUAUGUUCUUUUUGAAGAGGAGUUCAUUAGGGGGACAGCUUAUGAUCAUGUUGAUAAUGGUUUGCGUUUUCCAGAAUAUUCAUAUCUUCUUUGGAGGCCUGGGAAGGAUAUAAUUAAGCAUGAAGUUGUUUUUAAUAAGGAAACACAUGCAAUUUGUUGCACAUGCAUGUACUUUAGUGAGAUUGGUUUACUUUGUUCUCAUUCUCUUCGAAGUAUAUAA